CGAUUUGGUGCGCUCGGAGCCGCUCGCAGCGCGGGGGCGCAGCCAGCGGUGACGGCAGCGAGCGGGGCCGGGGCGAGGACGGACGGACGGACGGACGCACGGACGGACGGACGGAGCCGAUAAAUAGCGCGGCGCACAGGGCAGCCCCGAGCCCCGAGCAGCCCCGAGCAGCCCCGAGGCCGAGAUGGGUCCGGCCCCGCUGCUGCUGCUGCUGCUGCUGCUCGCCUGCGCCCCGGCCCGCGGCCAGCAGAGACGCAUCGAUCCCAGCCGGCCCCUCCAAAGCGCCGCCGCCCGCAGGGAGCCCGCCCUGAGCCGCGGAGCCGGGAAUGCCCUGGGAGCAGGAGGAGAAGUUGGGCCAGAAAUGCUGCAAGAAAUGAGGGAAACCAACCGGGUGCUGCUGGAAGUUCGGGAUUUGUUGAAGCAGCAGAUCAAGGAGAUCACGUUCCUGAAGAACACGGUCAUGGAGUGCGACGCCUGCGGUGGGUGCGGCUGUCCCGUGUCCCUGUGUCCCUCAAGGGGCUCCCAGGCGCCCGGGCCCAAAUUCCUCCUGGAUUCUCCCAGGUUUCCUCCUGUCCGAGCUGCCUUUUAUCUCCUCCUUAAACUGAAAAAGCGUGAGGGAGCUGAAAGCAGCAGCCACCAGGAGUGA